AUGUUUUUGAAAGAGUUUUUGCUGUUAAUUGCGAGUGGCACCUUCUCGACUGCUUAUCCAACAGAUGCAACAAUAGAAGCUACCGGUACUGAUAAGCUGAUUUGUCUUUAUUUACUAAUGCUUGAAACGGCGAUUAUAUCACUAUUCAUUCAUGCUCGAGCUCCGAGUGGUGGUGUAAUAGAUGGCAGUAACAAUUUUCUUCAUUUGGUGGUUAUUCUGACCAGUGCCGCAUUGCCGGCAUCGUUAGCCUGCUGGUAG